AUGAGCCCUUCACCUUCUUUACAGACUUUAGCACCACAACAACCUAAUAAACAGGAUGUAGAGACUGAUUCAGAUACCAUAACACUCGACGCUAUGCUUCUUUCUUCAACUCCUUCACAACCAUCGCCUGCCAGUGCAAAGACUAUGGUACAAGAGUUGGAGAGCUUACUUGUAAGACUAGAUAAAGAGAUGAAAAUGAAGUCUGGUGUAGAAAAUAUGCUCGAAGUGUACUUGAGAGACAAAAAACGAACAAAAGAUCUAGAGUCUCAACUAGAAGGAUAUAAUACGGCUAUCGACGCUACCACUAAGCAGAUUGAACAUAUCCGAACAGUGGCUGUCAACUCAGGGACAAAUAUCAUUGAAGUAGCUAAAUUAUUAAAAGCAUACAAAUACACAGGCACCAGUUUCUCAGACGCUAUUACACCUACUGCUUUAGCACAAACCAAGUCCAAACUACGUUCAAGCAAUACUUCAAAAGGAAAACAGAAAGCUGCUUUGGAGAACCUAUCUUAUCCCGAUGAUGACGCUUCACCGCUAGGUAUACGAUUAGAACACAUUAUUCAGCAUCUUGAGGCAGACGAGUGGAAAGCAAAUAAGCCAAAAGAGAUCAAGAUGGAGAAAUUAGAAGUGUUGAUUCGAAUCUUAAAGAAUACGACUGGGAUUGAUGCGUACACGUCAAAAAACAAACUGGUGUCAUGUCUACGACAGUGUAUCAUUAGUCCACACCGAGAAAUUAGAAUUAUGGGUUUAAGGGCACUGCGAUUAUUAGUAGAAGGCCCAGAGGAUGUAGAGCGGAUCAUGUCGUAUCAACUAGAUAUUUUUUGUGUGAGAGCAUUAGCCCGUGAUCCCGAAGGACAUGAGCCUGAAAGAGAACAGACUGUCAAACUUAUUCGUGCAUUUAUUGAGUAUGGAGGUGUCAAAUGUAUAAACCAAGGUAUUGUCAGAGCAGUUGUGGCCAUAGCAGAGCAACAAGACAAUCGUCUAAGAAACAUUGCUCUUGAAACACUGGCUGAAAUAACUAUAUUGGAUGUUGCAUUGACAGUUAGAUCAGGAGGAUUACGUGUGCUGAUUCAGGCAUUAAUUGAUGGGCAGCAAGGCAUAUCUGAAGUAUUGAUUCAGGCUGUAUUAUAUGUAUUAGACACACCAGACAAAAGAUGCUACCUUCGUCCUGGUGUAGAAUUAGAGACUAUUAUUGCACCAUUCACUGAGUCCAACAAGGGUGCAAAUCAUGAAGAGAGGAUAAAGAACAGUGCAAAAAUGGUAACUACAUUGAUUAAGAGCUGGGCAGGUAUUUUGUACAUGAGUGCAAAUAAUAUGCGUGCUGCUCGAUCUGUAGUACAAGCAUUAAGAAUGCCAGUACCUGAAGUACAGAAAUUAGUGUUGGAUAUGUUUUUUGAUGUAUUUCGAGUCAAACUACCCAAAGACUAUCACGGGUUUCUAUCUGGAAGACAGCACACUGUUCAAAUUGCUCCUACAACGAGCACUGAUUCGACAAAAGCUUUACUUCGACCAGGCCAUACUUCUGUUUUGAAUGGCGCUGUUAUGUCAAAUCUCAUGGCAGCUGGUGGCAUUAGUCCUGACGCUUAUGCACGCUGCUCAUUAAACAAAGGCACAACCACUGCCAGUAACUCAGAACGCCUCAAAAUGCUUGAUCAUCAUCUCAGCAUUGUUAUUAUUAUCUUUAUCGAAUCGGAUAUACUCAUGGCCUUGAUUGACAUGGUGAAAUCAGACGAUAUCUACAUGUCUCGUAAAGCCACGCUUUUGAUUGGUGAGAUCCUACAAUUAUCGACUCGUUUGUUACCUAUUCUUAUGGCUAUUCAAGUCCAAUCUUUACCCAAGUUAUUCACGCUUGCUUCAAAUUUUGAAGACGAACAAGUGAGACACAAUGCUACAGCAGCCUUGGCACACAUUGACAGAUUGACGCGAGUGCGUACUCGGUACAUGGCCACCAAUAACUCUGCUCCCUUAAAAGGUGGAGAACGGCUCCUGAAUACAGCUACAGCAGCACGUACAAAAGAAAAAGUACAUGAAGUCAAGCUUAAAAUUGGCUAUGCUAUUGAUGAUACCCAUUUCAGACAAUUGUUGAUGGAUACACAAGUACUCAAUACCAAAGAUUAUACCAAGUGGAACUGGGAUAGUGUGAUAGAAUUGUUACAAGGUCCUCUACUCAACCCUCGACGUCUUGACGAAGCCAUGCGAGGAAAAAAGUUCAUCAAGCGACUUUUGGCAUUCUACCGUCCUUCAAAACAUCAAUUCUCGGACAUGAAUGCCACCAAGGGUACUAUUGCUCGUUAUGUCAAGACUGGAUGUACACUCAUAUCAACUCUUUUGUCGAAUCCAGACGGUGUGCGUUACUUGAGUGAAAACAAGCUAUUGAAUGAUAUUGCUUCUGCCUUCAAUGAACUAGAUCCACUUUUGAUGAAUGGCGGUGAUCCUGAAACAGAGCCCAUCUUUUCCAAGGAGCGCAUGGAAAGUACAUUGACUUGUGGUUAUUUUGCUCUUUUGGGUACAUUCUCCAAAUACAAAGAAGGUGUUCGUAUCUUGGAAAAGUUCAAGAUCUUUAGUUGCUUUUAUCAAAUUUCUGAGCUCAAGAAUCGUACUGAUUUGAAGGUAGCCAUGAUUACCAAUUUAGACUAUACAUUGGAUGGUCACCCCCGUGUGUUACUGUCAAAGAUCAUGACUUCUGGUUACAACCCUAUACGUUUGUUUGCUACACAACAUAUUGGUGUGAUUAUGCGUCAAUCUGAAGCUGAAUACAAUGACUGGAUGAUACGAUUAUUAGUAACGCAACUGUAUGAUACGCAUAUGGAUGUUUGUCAAACAGCUGUCAACCUGUUGGAUGAGGCUUGUGAGAAACAAGCCAACCUUGAAUUGCUUGUCAAAUGUAGACCUAGCUUGGGUCAUUUAGGUGAAAUUGGGCAUCCGUUAUUAUUACGAUUCUUGUCAACAUCGACAGGAUUCAGAUAUCUGAAUGCUUUGGGAUACGUGCAAAAAGAAAUGGACGAAUGGUUUGAGAGAGGAAACCAGCAAUAUGUUACUCAAUUAGAGCUUUCGCUGGCGAGAGCAUUGUUAAAUACACCAGAGAAAAAGACAUUCAAUCCUUUUGAAGAACGAAUAGACAGUGAAAAUGAUUUUGAAACAUUACAACCUGGAGAUGGGUUAACUCCUCCCCACUUUUAUGGCGAACUUACCAAGACUGAAGAAGGAUGCAACUUGUUACGAGAAAAGGGCUAUUUCAAACUUUUUGCUGACUAUGUUCGAGACUUUCCAUUAGGAGAACAAAGUAAGGCAGAGGCUUCUUUGGGUCAAUUGAAAGCUGUUUUGUGGGCAUUGGGUAAUAUCGGUGCUACCAAGAAUGGUUUACCGUUCCUUGAAGAAGAGGACAUUGUCAAGGACAUUGUCAGUAUGGCUGAAAAUAGUGAAAUUCUUUCACUAAAGGGAACAUGCUAUUUUGUACUUGGCUUGAUUGCCAAAACACAGCAAGGCGUGGAGCUUUUAGGUGAAAUUGGCUGGGAAAGUGUUGUGUCUGCGAAUGGUGAACCUGAAGGUUUAUGUGUACCUUUGAAUCUCUUUCAAUUUUUGACUAUUCGGAAUUGGAAAUAUAAAGCCGCAUUGUCUGCACCACCUCAGCUACCCAAGUCAGCUACAGCAGAUACUGUAGGUGCUGAUAUUCUAAAGAACAUUGGUGACAUGAGCAACCAUAUCUUGUCCAAUGAAGCUUCCAAAAACUUGGCAAAACUGAAACAAGUAUACCCAGAUGCAUUUAAACGAGUUGAUUUGUAUUACUCAGUAUGUCAACUGCUGGGAAGCUAUCAUUUCCGUUCACCUGUGCGAAAAUAUGUGCUCGAGAUUUUUGACAUGCGGUUUACCACUGAACUCUUGAAAGAACUAGAUGAAAUCUCAAGCACAGUUGCUACUACUUCUUCCAUCACUUAUACAACUACUACGCCAUCCUCAAUGCCAUCGUCUUUUCAAAAGGUUGCUGCCCCCUCUAUCGUCAAUCCAAAUGACAAUGUGCCUCAAGAGAAACUAGAGCCGAAAAACAAGACAAUGGGAUUUUGUCCUAAAGAUUGA